AUUUCCUCAUUUUCAAGCCCUACUCCUCGUGGGGGCCAGAAAUCUCUUUCAAGCUUCAAAUUGUGAAGGGUUCCUGGGGGAGCAGAGGGUCUCGGUCUCCCUCUCCGGGGGCUCUUGGAUGGGACCUUGCUCUGGAAGAAGCCAUGGACCUCUGGCUUUGGUCACUUUACUUCCUGCCGGUAUCUGGGGCUCUGAAGGUCAUUCCAGAAGUCAAGCUGGAGGGACUGCUGGGAGGAUCUGUUAUCAUCGAGUGCCCGCUUCCUGAAAGGGAUGUGAGGCUCUAUCUGUGCCGGAAGGCGGCCCAGUCUGGAAUAUGCAGCACCGUGGUGUCCAACAGGAACUUCGUCAGUGAGGAAUACAAACACAGAGUCACUCUGGAGCUGUGUCCAGACAGGCACCUGUUCCUGGUGGAGGUGACAGAGCUGACCAGGAGCGACAGCGGGGUCUAUGCCUGUGGGGUGGGCAUGAACACAGACCGAGGCAAGACCCAGCAGGUCACCCUGAUUGUUCACAGUGAUUACGAGCCAUUCUGGGAAGAAGAGCCAAUACCUGAGCCUCCAGCAUGGUUUAAUAGAUUCCUACAAUUGCACAUGCUUCCCUGGUUCCAGAUGCCUGCACAUGCCAGCCCUUUACAAUUCAUAUCCAAAGCAACCACAACAGCUCAAAGGACGGAGGCCCCUCCAACACACCAUCCCUCCCCCCCAAUCUCAAUCACCCACCGCCCUCGAGUUUCCAGGGUAUCUUCAAUAGCAACUCCUGAGCCCACAACCCUCCUGCCAUCCACCAAAACCUCAAAAAUCUCAGCUCGGGAGGAACUGCUCAGGCCCCAGACAGCCAGCUACAACCACCAAACCCGGCUUCACAGGCAGAGAGCCUUCAACCACAGCCCAGGACGGAUGUCUGCGAUGGAAGACCAAGGAUUCCACAUCCUGAUCCCCACCAUCCUGAGUCUCAUCCUGCUGGCAUUUAUGGGACUGUUGGCAAAAAGGGUCAUUCAAAGGAGGAAAGCUCUCUCCAGGCGGGUCCGCCGACUGGCUGUGAGGAUGCGCGCCCUGGAGGCCUCCCAGAGGCCCGUGUCGCAGCGGCCCCGCGUGUCGCAGAGGCCGCGCACCCAAAACAACAUCUACAGCGCCUGCCCUCGGCGCCCUCGGGGGACGGACGCUGCUGGUGUGGAGACCGCACCUCUCCCGGGCCCCGGGGCGUCGGCGCCGCCCGCCAGGCCACAGUUCUGCUAUCAGAGACCAAAGUUUUGAUGGAACAAGUUCACAACAAGGUUCAUAUGAUGAAUGACUGAUUAUUUUAACCUUGAUAAGGAAUGGCUUUAAAAAUGUUUAAGCUCAAUAAAUGAAUCUCAAAUGACGAACUGUAACAGGUAGUGGGAGAUAUAUUUUGGAAGCAAGCUGCUCAUUCCCUCUCUGGUCCAGUACGAAACAUAAUAGCUCCUUUCAGUGAGCUCUUACUCAGUGCCUCCUAUGUUCAGGGGGGCUGGCCUCUUAGUUCUCGGCACUUGGUUACAAUAUGUGACUGUCCCUACUGCAGCCUUUUUGGGUAGAUGUUACAAUAAUUGUGCCAUGUUGAGGUCAUGGGACAGCUCUGCCCUCUGAGAACUGACCCAUCCUGAAGGCAGAUGGUCCUGAAGUUUCUGCCCAAGGGAGAGGAGCUCCGCAUGGCCUGCCACCUUCCUCCCCUUCACCAGCCGGCUUCUUCCUAGAACAUACUGUCAUGUCACCUCACAGCAUCUCCAUGGAAUAAAAGCCCUAUGGAGGUGCAAGGGAUAACUCAGCCUACUUCCGAAUUCCUCCCUAAGAAGAUGCAUAUUUAUUCUACAAGUCACAUCAUCUAAUUCUAUAGAGUGGAAACUCUUCCAGACCCUGGUUCUCCUUCAGACCUGUGCUCAGUCACAUGAUUUUUGUCUGAGCCCUAUUGACGUCACUUCCUGCUACAUUAGAUCAAAGAGCUUUCCAGUUAUCUAGGGUGAGACACCAUGCGGAAAAUCCCCAAGGCUGAGCCACUUGAUGGAACUCAGCCACCUCUGUGUCUUGCCUUCUAGGGGUCAGCAACUAUGCCCAUGGCCCCACUGCCCACUGUGGAUACUACAAUCACCUUACCCAAAUCCAGUGAUGCUUCU